GUACGUGCGGGUUCACGGCAAGGCACGAGGAACAAAUAGAGGACGAUCGACUGCGGUCAACCUCAGUGUGAUCAGCAGUGGCACUUGAACAUUUCGUAUUUAAAAUCUUUGGGAGCCGUUUUAGGUAGCUGUACAGUCAACGUACACGAAAAGGAUACCGUCAAAAUGAGGUUACUGUGGGGGGUUGUUACCCUGUCCUUAUGUGUUUACCACGCCAACGCUGCGACAGCGGGCUUCAUUAAGUCGCCCCUGUCCCAGAUGAAACUAAUAGGCGAUAGUGCCGAGCUGCACUGCGAGGUCAUAGGCAACCCCAUCCCCGAGGUGCAGUGGUGGUUUAUUGAGGGUGAGGAGCCGGCUGAGAUCUACACCCAGCUGUUUGACGGGGCGCGUGACGACCAAGUGCGGAUCAACGCCACGUACAUCUACCAUGCCACCAGCACCCUUUACCUGUCCAAACUCGCACUCAACGACUCGGGCAUGUACGAGUGCCGUGCCUCGAACGACCCUGACCGCAACGACCUGAGGAAGACGCCCAAAAUCAAGUGGAUCCGCUCCCAAGCGAACGUUUUAGUGUUCGAAAGCCCCACUAUCUUGACAAAUCCUGAGUCUGUGUUCAACCUGACCAGUGCCAUCCUUACCUGUAACAUCACCGACCCACCCUCUCCAAUCAAGGGCAACUAUUGGAUGAAGGAUGGCGUUGAAAUCAAGAACACCAAGUCGGAAGCCACCGCUAGUACCACCCAGUUCACUCUUGAUAAAAUUGGGAACACUGAUGGAGGUGUGUACACCUGCGUCUUUGAGACGGAGCCCAUUUCUCAGAAAACCAUUGACGUAAAGACACCUCCCCAUGUGAAGCCCUACAAGGACUCUGAACAUGGCAACGAGAAUGACAAAGGAGUGUUGGCCUGUGUCAGCCAUAGCUACCCCGAACCUACUGACUGGACCUGGUACAAGAUCACUGAAACUGGCAACGAGCCAAUCAUCAAUGGAACCGACAAGUAUGAGAUCAAGAGCCAGCCCAACAAGACCUAUCUGUACAUCACCUCACUGGACAUGAACGCCGACAUGGGCGACUACCUGUGCCAGGGCGUGAGUGAGCUGGGCAUGGCCUCGGGCAAGAUCCACCUGCGCGUGCGCAGCCGCCUGGCUGCCCUGUGGCCCUUCCUGGGCAUCGUGGCUGAGGUCAUUGUCCUCGUCACAAUCAUCUUCAUCUACGAGAAGAAGAGAAAGCCCGACGAGAUCACCGACGAUGACGACUCAGGAUCUGCACCAUUGAAGAGCAAUGCUGCCACGAACCACAAGGACAAAAACGUCCGGCAAAGGAACUCCAACUGAGUUCUGCCAGGAAGGUUUCCGUAUGACUACUAUACAAGAGUUCUUAAGAGGAGCAUUGGAUUGCUGAGUAGCACACGAUCUUGUGCACCAUGCAGUUUUUGUUUUGUUUUUUUUAAAGACCUUUAAAAAAAAAAAAAAAAUCCCCCUUUUUUUUUUUUUUUUGUUGGCUCGACUGUACAUGUGCGUAGGGAUAAUGAUUUGGUUUCCACUUGCUGUUUGUAAAGAAGCAAACCUAUAUAUACAAAUGUAUCUAUCUAUGUGUAUUACUCCGACCUGUUGUGCUGCCAGCAAACGUGCUUGGAGGCUUCAGAUGGAUGUUUGCAUGUUUUUGCAGUAAUCAAAGUGUGUUAGUGAUGACCGUUUGUGAAUGUGGGAAUGAUGAAGUUGUUUUUUUUUUUUUUUUUUUGUUUGUUUUUCUUCCUGCACUGUCCCUUCAGGGUUUUUUGUUAUUUUUUUGCUUUCCAUAUGUUGAUUUUUAAAAGUGAGGAAAGCCUUUAGCUGUAGUCUGGGAUGAGAGUAUCUCCUAACCUUAAUGCGUCAACAAACAAACACACCCUACUGUGUUUUGAGGUAGAAACCAGAGGCCUCUGGUUGUUGUUUUGAUUAUGUUUCUAAUUUAAGCCUUAAUGCCAGUCCGUUAUUGUUUUAUAUGCUCUGGUUUCCCAGAAGUGUAGUACUGUUGGUGAAAAUGUAGUGCAGUAAUCUAAAUGGCAAUACCAAGACUGCACGAUUUGAAAUUAUUUUUAUGACUAAGCACCACCUUUUGCAUUUCCUUCAACCAUGCAUAUUUUAAAUAAAAUGUUUUAGUCACGUGUACAAAAAUCACAUGGAAAGCUUUUAAAAUAGAGAUUAAUACUUUCCCCUUUGUGAGUUACAUCGACAGAAAGCCUUCUGUGAGGAUUUUCUGUAGAUGUAAGGACCAAGAUCAAGGAAGGACCAAGAAGAAAAUGUGUCAUCACUGUUCUGGAUAAGUGGUUAACGCUAAAGUAAUAUUUUUAACUACAUUUGGAAGACUUGUGUACAUGGUGUAAUAAAUUAUUUUGGGUGUCAUUGGUGAAUGCAAUUGAAACAAAUCCAUUCAGUGAAGGCUGAUCCUUGUUCCUCCCUCUUGUAGACCAUGCAGAAGCCAUACUUUUGAAGUAUACCCAUUAAAAAGUGGUGUGUGUGUGUGUACCCCUUUUAGUUUAAAAGUAUACUAAAUAUUAAAACCCUUAUUAGAAGUGUAUAAAUUAUUUUGCCUAAGCAACAUAGCAAGCAGAGUUCUAACACUGGCACCUGUACUCACUUGCACAAUCUCAAUAAAGUUAUUUGAUUUGA